AUUAUUACAGUGAAACCAAGAGAUAAUUUAGUUGUUUUUAUAUUAUUAUAAUUUACAUAUUUACCUCAUUUGUUAAAAAAUUUAUGCAAAUUAAAAAGGAUGUGAUAGGAAUGAUGGCGGGGGCUACAUACAAAAGCUGUAUGAUAUUAUACUUACAGCUCCAAUCUUGAAGAGGUGGACAGUAGGGAUAAGAAAACGCAUGCACGUAGUCAGACAACUCGCUGCUAACUUAGUCUACCGAUCGCGUCUUUACUGAAAACUUGAUACUUUGCUACUUGUUCUUUUUCUACCCAAGUCUGACAGUUACCGAUUUAAUCAUUAUUCAUACUUAUUUAUCGAUUUAAAAAUAUUUACAAAAUAUAAUGAACCAUAAUAGAAAUAAUUUUUAUAAAAUUUAUGGAUAAAAACUUCAAUCUAAACAUUCUCAAAUAAAGUAAUAUUUAAAAAAAAAAAAAAAACAUUUAAUUUAUUCUAAUAAAUGAUCAUACAUCAAGUGGUAUUUUAAUGAAAUCAGUAGUUAUCUAAAAAAAGAAGUUUAUGGUGAUAUUCAAUGAAAUAUAUGAUAAUUAUCGAAUAAUUUAAAUAAAGGUUUAAUGAAAAAUGUGAUCAAAUACCUUUAUACAAUUAAGUUGACAAAAUAGCGGGAUAUUUUCUCUGUGGAGGAAGGAAGAGAAGGCUGUUCCAGGCCAACAGCUGUUUAUUGCUUAAACAAGAAACACGCCCACGAGAACUCGUGCAUCGUUAACUUUCGAUGAAAGAAAGUUACGAAAGUCAAAAACACUAAAUGUGAUCAAAAAAUAAACUAGCUACAUAAUAAUAAUCAUCAUAAUACAAUUAUUUAAUUAGACAGUGGAAUUAAAAAAAAAAAAAGGAUGAGAUUGAAUGAUAAUUAAACUUAUCACAAAAUAAUGUUGAAUUAUUUGAAGUUUUAGGAAGAUCAAUGAAGUGGAAAUAUCAGUUAAAUAAUUGCAACAUAAUGCUUCCUAAAGAGAUGAUGAUUAAGUCUAAAAGUUUAUUUAGGGAUUUAUCCAAUUGAUUGUGUACGAUCAAGUGAAAUUGAACAAGUGAUCAAACGGAUAUCGUGCCGUGACAACAAGACAGAAUUAAAGAUAGCGUGAAGGUGAAAUUAGGAAGUAGAAAGUCCAAAUUCUGUGGAUUUACUUGAAAAAGAUCUCACGAGUGCGAUCCAUAGCCAUGAACCUCGCGCUGCAUGGACUUCUGUUGCAGGUUAUCUUGUCGAUCCUUCAAUUUCGAUAUGGCGUUCGAUUGUGCAGCGCGGGGGAACCUGGCUACCUGGAUUUUGAUAAUUUGCCCGAAACAAAUUUUUCGUGCCAGGGGAAGGUGAUAGGAGGAUAUUAUGCGGAUGUUGAAGCAGGAUGUCAGAUGUUUCAUGUGUGUACUAUAGGUCAAAAAGAUGAAAUAAUGGACAUCAAAUUUCUUUGCCUAAAUGGAACGGUUUUUGAUCAGGAAACAAGAGUUUGUGAACGAGUUGAUGAAGUUGAUUGUAGUAAGAGUGAGCGCUUCUACAAUUUGAAUCUUGAACUUUAUGGUAACAAUGCUGUGACACUUAGUUUACACGAGGGAGAAGAUAGUAAUGAAGAGCCGCCAUUGCUUAUUGAGGAUCAUCAAGGAACAACAUCAAUUCGACCGAGUACAAUGAGUACAAGUACUACAACUCCUCGAUCAUCAAUAUCUUCAACAACUACAUCAAAUGAUCCUUUUCAACAUCCUAGUGGAUAUCCUCAACGUUUCCAACCGCAACCUCCAUUUCCGUCCAUUCAAACUAGUCAGUCUAAAUCUCUUUAUGAUGAUAAAAAUAUUGGCUUUCAUCGUCAAUAUAUAUAUCAUAUAGAUAACCAGAAUGAGAAAACUGAUAUUAAUACUAACAAUAAUGAUAACCGAGCAACUUCAUAUCAACUAUUUAGUAACCAAGGAGUAAGUUCGACUACUGGAACUCCUCAUGUACACCAAGUCCACUACAGUUCAACUUCCAAUCCUCAAAUAAAUAUUGGUAAUGAUCCAUCAACGGUUUCGCCACUUUUUCAUACCACCUCAUCAACAAUUCAAACAUUAUUAACUGGCAAUGCAAAUAAUCCCAAUUUAAUUAAUUCUAUUUUUCAUGGUAAUGGAAUAGCCAGUACUACAGACUUUACUGUACACAGUAAUUCAGCAAGAGAUACUUCGGAUUAUCAACAAAAUAGACAUAAAAUUAAUAAUAAUGAAUCAGACAGAAGAUUCCUUGAACCUAUUCAAUCAACGAAUCAAGGAAAAAUAUCAAAGUUGACGAUAUCACCUGUUCCUACUCAACGAGAAGUUGAAAGAAUGAAACAACAGUUGAAGAGUACCCAGACAGUUUCACAAUCACAAUCAACGUUGCAACAACAGCAUAGAAUACCAUCUGGUUUUUUGACUAUUGCACCAAUGAAUAAUAGUCCGCCUGGAGUGGGAUCUUUCUAUCCAACGCCUAAAACUUUGUCUAAAUCACAAUCAUCAAGUACACACAUUACUCAACACAUUCAAGUACCAUCAAUAUCCGCGGUACCUCAAUUAAAGCUUCAUCAAGUGACAAUUAAUUUACCAUCACCAGAUAUUCAGAGAAUUAUUCAAAGCCCUUCACCUUUAUUGCCUUCCCAAUCGAGAGUUAUCGUAACAGCUAAAGCAAGUGUUAGUGAUGAGUCAGGUCGACCUUUAAAUGCAUCUCAACUUGUAACGCUUCCGACUGUUCCUUCUAGUUAUGAUGAUUAUAAAGAAGGAGAUGAAUCGUUUGAUCCUUUUUACAGGGAUGUACCAAAAAUUCGUAACACUCGACGAUCUUUUAGUGAUUUAAUUCAUUAUAUAAAUAAAUUUAGAAGAAAAAGGUCAACACAGAAUGAAGAUGCGCUUGUAAGUAAUGAUGAAAAUCUAAAUAUGGAGAAAAAUAAUGAUGAUACUUCAUUUGAAACUACUCAAGUAGUUAAUUCAACUGAAUCUACAGUUGAUUAUACGAGUCAAGAAAAUCAAAAAGAAGAAUAUGAUGAACAAGAAAUGAACAAUGAUAAGUUUUCCUCAUUUGAAGAGAAAAUUUCUGCUUCGUAUGAGGAAAAAGUAGAUGAGAAAAAAAUUGAGGCUUCAACUAGUAGUCAGGAGUACAGUAAUGACGAUGAUUACAAUUAUCAAGAUGAUUAUUCUGAUGAAAUAAUUUCAGAGUUUAAUGAUUUUAAUACUACCGAUAGUGAAGAAUUAAUUUACGAUACAGAAUCAUCUUUAGCUAAUAAUGACUCUUCAACAACACAGUUUUCUACUGAUGAAAUUUCCAGUACAGAACCUUUUCAAACAUCGAUAUCCACUCCUUCAUCAGAAAUAAAAGACCUUCAAAUUGAUGAACAGACUGAAGGAGUUUUGAAAUUUACUGACGAAAUUCCAAAAUCUGAAGAGGAGAUUGAUGAAAGCCGUAUAAAUAAUGAUGAUUCGUCAAAGUUACCAAAUCCUCUCGAUUAUAUUGACGAUAAUUAUGAGCCUCAACACUAUAAUGAGAAUACAAAUCCUACGGAAAAAGAAGAUGAUGGUAAAAUAUUUGUAGAACUCAUGAUAACUGAUGUAAAUGAAACGACCACUACAAUCGUACCAAGUACUUCUUUGACCGUAAUUCCAUCAACUACUAUGGCAACAACAAUGGAUGAAACAUCAUUGCCAACAUCAACGAUAACAACAAUGACUCCAUCGAUGACUACUAUAACAAGUACGACUCCAUCAACGACUACAAUAAACACUACUCCAUCAACAACUACAACAAGUACUACUUUAUCAACAACAACUACAACAAGUAUCACUCCAUCAACAACAACUACAAGUACUGUUGCACCAACAACUACUACUGACAUAACAAUUACUAUACCAUCAACAACCGGCUCAACGAUAGCACCAUCCACAGUUACAACAGAAGCAACUUCAAAAAUACCUUUUAGAUCGAGUAUUACAACAACUAUAUCCCCGCGACAGAAGACUCAUUCUUUCAAUUUAUUCAAAACAUUUACAACAAGAAAAAGUUAUGUUUAUAUUCCACCAACAACAACUCCAACGCCUGUCAUAGUAAAGAAACGAUUACCACUUCUAAAUCCUAAACCAGCAAAACCUCCAAAAUCAUAUAAUGACAUAGCCCCCAAGCCUGUAAUUAGAAAAGUUCCGCUCUCAGGAAGAAGAAGCUCAUUAGCUACGAUAAAAAAUGAUCCAGAAAGUAUGGAGUAUACAACAGUUCGAGCUAGUGAUGUUCAUCAACCUGAUAAUGAAGUGCUAGAAACUACUUCUUCUACAACUAACACUACAGCUAGAUCAACAACUACUAGUACUACUACAACUACGACUUCUACUGCUGCUCCAGAAGCAUCAACUAUAAAAAUUAUAGAUAAUAUUGAAAAGCAUCAAGCUCUUCCGUCAUCGGAAAUGGUUGAUUCAAUGGUACAUAUGGAUGAUAUGCCUCCAAAAAAUAUUGAAACUAUUGAUGAUGAUACCAAAAUGACCGAAAGAAGUAAUGAUGAAAAAUUACUAAAUGACGAAGCAUCAAUAGAUGGUAUGUCCAGAUCUACCGUACGACCUAUUAAACAUCUAAAUGAACAAAUAAAAGUCAUCAGACGAGGCGCCUUUAGCUGUUUAGAUGUAGAGUUGUAUCGUUUUUAUGCUGAUAAGAGAGAUUGUCGUUUAUUUCACUACUGUUCACCAGGUUUUACAGCUAAACAAGUACUUGACUUUCGAUUUGUGUGUGAAGAAGGAACCACCUUCGAUGAAAAAACUCAAAGUUGUGUUCAUCACAAUUCAAAUUCAGAAUGUCACUCUAAGAUCUGGUAAUUAGAAUAUUCGUCAAUAUACGUUUAAUUUCAUGAUAAAUAAAAGAAUAUUGUGCUCUCUUGUAUCCCUUCUCCAGAUAUGCUUCCUUGAUUUUGGUAAUUCGUGAAUCCCAAUAAACAAUGAUGUGUAUAUUUAUAUGUCGGUAUGUAGUAAACGAUUUUAUAAAAGAAAAAAAUAUGUUAUCCAUUUGAAAUUUGAAAAGAUUCACAUGUUUUGUAUUAUUUUAAGCGUUGUAUGAAUUUAUUGCCAUAAUUCGGAUUUAAAUGUGCGUAUGUGUACAAAGAUGUGUGUUUAUUUUUAUAAGUGUGCGGAUUCACACUUAUUAAAAUUAAUGCUAUUUGGAGAAAGGUAAAUUAUUUUUUUUUAAUGCUAAGUAGUAUAAUAUGAUGAUAGAAAGAAUUUUAAGUAUUAAGUUAUUAACGUAUAUUUAAAAAUUGUUAGAAAAAAUAUUCGAAAUUAAUAAAACUGAUAGGAAUGCGA